UGGCACUGCCAGACUGAGCUGUGCGGAGCUGCUUAGUCCUGGAUUCGGCAUAUGCACAGAGGUCUUGUAAACGUGGGAGUGUGCUGUGGAUUUUGAGAGGCAGUUCACUGGAUGAGGGGCAGAUAUUGCAACACAGAGGAACUCAAUGCCCUAGGGAAAGCCUCAUCAUUGGCCAAAGUCCAGGAACAGAGCCCAGAGCAGACUAGAGGAUCGGACUGGACUGGCCACAGUGAGAAUUUGGAGCUUGUGGACUAGCGAUGGACAGCUGGACUCUACAGGGGGACAGCUACUCCUUCCUGCGCAGUGCGCCCCGCACCUUUUCCCUGUGCCACCGUGACGGCACCCCUAACCACGUUGAAAUCUUUGACAUCAUCAACGUCCCUACUCAGCGCAGUGCCAUCUCCGAGACCACUUGCCUGUGUGACAUUUUUGGAGACGACUGUGAGUUGCCCUCCCACUCAAGUGGCCCUGCUGUAGGGGCCUUUGUCCCUUCCCAGAGGGAGGUGGACGGGACAUCUGCUGCAUCACCCCUGGUGGAUGAUCUAAACGACUCAGGCUCUUACCACACUGCACAGGGCUCCAGUGAAGGAGAGGAGGGCUUUGAAGACUCAAGAGAAAGGCUUUACAGCCCCCUGUCGCAAAACGAGUCUGCAGAGAGGAGGCAGUCAGAGGGCGAGGGAUUCAGCUCAGGGCAUCCAGACAAUUUUGAGGACAGAAGCCCAAAUUUAGAACCAAAAAGCAAAUCACCGGUACCUCAGCUUAGUACACCUAGCCCACCACCUGAAGUCCUCGACACCGGUGAGAGGACCCCCUCUCCUGGACAUAAUAGCUCCUAUACCAUCAGUCCAGAGGGAAGAGCAUCAUCCUUAUCUUCUUCCUCAGUUGAAAAGAGAAGUUCACCAUCAUCAUCUAAUCCAAGUCAAACUCAUUCGGAGGCUGAACCAGGGAGAAUCACUCCUACCUUCAAAGACAGACUUAACAGCCCCUCACAUCAAUCGUUAACUCCUAGUCCCUCCUCUGAGCCUAGGAACUGUGUCAGCUCAUCCUCCUCUGUAUCAGUCAACACCCAGUCUUCACCUGAGUGCAGGGGAGCACAAAACUCACCUGAGUCAAGGAGCAGCUACAUUUACCAACACAGCAGUCCCUCACCCAAAGAUUUCUCUCUAGAUUUUACAGAAUCAGCCACUCCUUCAUCUCCUCUACCGUCACGCAGUAGUGCAGAUUUAUCUUCCCAGUCAACAGAAACAUCGGCCUCCCCUAAUCUGAAGAAUAGGCCCUACUCCCCCGAUACUCAAGCGUCAUCUCCUUUUCCUGAGCUAACAGGAAGGGUCUCCCUGCCUGAUCUUUUCAGCAUAGGCUCCACACCUGAUAUAGAAGAGCCUCCCUGCUCUCCUGAGCUGAUUUCAGAUCCUUCCGCUGCAGGAGGAGACACCACAGCUACUCCUGAGAACCAAAACUCAAGGUUAUCAGUUGAACCAGGCAGCACUGCUUCUACACCUGCCCCACGAUACACACCUCCCUCACCUGUCAUUUCAAUAUCAACAUCUCCCGAGCUCGUGGAGAAUAGUGUCUCCCCUGAACUGGGACACACAGCUCCCUCACCUGGCCUGCUCAGUGCUGCCUCUCCGGCUAAGACAGGGACAAGAACUCCCUCUCCUGGUUCCUCGCCUAAAAUAAGACACAUUUCACCACUUUCUGAAAUCAGCACGCAGGUGCCUUCGCCUGUGGUGAGUUAUAGUUUAUCUCCAUCACCUGAAGUCAGGAGCAACUGCUCUCCAGUAGAGCACAGACACACUGCUCCCUCACCUGAAAUCCGGAUUACAGCAUCCUCACCCGAGCCUCACUUUGACACUGCCUCAUCAAGAAGCUUCACUUCAUCCCCUCAUAUCACAGGGAUUUCGUACACAGUUGUCCAGCCCGACGACAGGGACACUCCCCCGUUUCCUGAGCUCUGUCGUCUUUCCACCCCUGAGCCUGAUAGGACAGCUGUGUCCCCUGAAGCAAGCAGCCCUACACAAAGUAGAGACAGUACACAGGGCAGUGUAGCAGAGUCCACUGGUACACCGCGAGACUCGCCCCAUAUAUCGGGCUUCACAAGCCCCGUUCUGCAGCCUGAACUAACUUUGUCGCACCCACCCAGGUACCAAACACCUUCACCUCAGCCAAAGAAUCACACUCCCUCACCUGAGCCGAAAUAUCAAACCCCUUCACCUGACAAGCAUCGAAGUCCCUCACCUCAGCACCUCAGGAGUAGGGACCCAUCACCUGUUUCCCCUUCUCCUGAGCAGAUUUCACCUGUAACCCUGUCCACAGAGUACCACCCUCAGUAUACACAUCCUACUCCUCCUCUGAGAAGUACACCUGAAGUUGAAAGAGAUUCCUCCUCAGCUAACAUUGCAGAAACACGGUGCCACGAAAAUUUGGUAAAAGACAACGUGUCACACUCAUUUGAACUAAACAGGGGAGACAAAUCAGUUCUUGCUGAAAUCAAAAGCAGUUCACCAGUGGUCGCAGAUUGUUUACCUGUAUUUACUUCACCUUUCUCAGCAGAGGAAAAGAUAAAGAGUUCACUUAAGCAACAAAGCACAGAGAGAGAAGCAACACCAGAGGAAGUAAACAUUCAGGUUAACUCGAGUUUAGCCUCCUUUUCUGAGGAAAAACAAGACACUGGCCAUAGCUUUUUUCAGAAACAAGACACUUAUAAUAAUCCCCCUAUUGAAACCAAGCCUCUUUCCCCUAAUCUUCCAGUCCCUAAGGACAGGAGUCCAACCAUUUCACCUGUCCACAGGGCUACACCUGACUCACCUGUGCAGAGACUCGAAAACCCACAGCCCCAGUUCACUACUUAUUCCCUCACUUCUGACAACAGCAGCUCAUUAAAAUCAGCUUGCACACCUGAGCCCUCAAGAAGACAUCUGUCAACCAAAGUUAGACGUGAAAACAGAGAGAGGUUGACCGAGGACAUGGCCCACCAUGUAAACAGAAGGCGGACUCCUUCUCCGCCACUUACCAGGUUUACACCUGUCCACAUCAUAGCCCCUGAGAAACCAUACAGACAGUGGCAGAACAGAAGCCGCAGCCCCUCUCAGGUUGUAACAUCCUCACCAAGUGGUAAUUUAAAAAAAGCAGUGACAAAUAGGGAAAGCCCCAAUGUUGCCCCUGUUGACAAUAAUAGCCAGUCCCACUGGGUCAGACUAGGGGGGCAAUUGGAGAUGGAGAGGGAAAUGCAGCUGGAGGAGGAGAGAGAGGCGAGCAGGGAAAGGCAAAGGGAUAGAGAGAUGGAGAGAGAGAGAAAGAGGGAGGAGCGGGUUCCCGAAAAGGGGGAGGGGUGGCAGGGGGACGCCAGUAACAGAGGGGAACAGGUUGAGCUGUCAUUCAAUGCCAGGAAUAGAAAAGGGCCUGCAAGUCACAGCGCAGCUCCCACAAGCAGAGAGACUCGUCAGGGACUGCCAACAGCGCAUUCCUAUUCAGAGAGCUUGCUUGCUACCAGACAGCUACAGCAACAACAGAGUCUUCUGAGACGUGUUUCCCAACAAGACACAAGGGGUGGUGGUCCAAGCAGACGGCUUCAACCUCCUGCACACCAGAACAAGAACAGUGCUCCUGGACGCGUGGCUGCGAGCAGGCCCUGCCGGAGUUCCAGCUCCAGCAUGGGAAGUGAGCUUGAUGAGGCAGAUAAUGAGGUGAAGUGGUUUACAGACUUGGCUUUCCGCAGUCUGUCAAGCCCUGAGGUAGACUACCUUGACAUGUACAACUCCAGCCACCGUUCAUCUACCAACAUUUCUCAACCAUCUACCCAGGAGAGCCCUGCCGGGGUCAAUCCCGCCUGGCCGGCCUAUGCCGACUUCAGGGGUUCUGCUCCAAAGCUGGACAGUGAUGAACCGUCCUUCCAGCAAUCAUCUGCAUACUACUCAGAUGGCCUAGAUCCAUCAAGGCGCUAUGAGAUGGGCAGUUUUGAGUGCGUAGAUGUGGCCGUGGAAAGAGAGGACUCCAGGAAGGUGAGAAGAGGAGUGCCGAAGAGACAGAUCCAGCUGAAGAGAAAGAACAACGCUGAAGGGAAGCAGGAUGAGAGUAGUGAAAAUAGUAGUCCUGGGAUACCUGUGAUGAUGGAAAGCCCGUCUCCUCCAAAGAGUCACUCCAGAGAGACAUUCAUGAGACAACACAGUACACCAGCAGCAACGCAAGCUUGCUACCCCUCUGAGCGUAGCCCUGAGCCCAAUCAAAACAAUGCAAGAAAAUGCAAACUCCAGAAAUCCGCCUCCCUGGAUGAGACAUGCUCUAAAACUAAGAUGGCCACUUGUCUCAUCAAGAGUGUGUUGUCCAAGAAGAUGCAAAGUGUUGAUAAACAAAAUGAUGAGCAGGCAGAAGAAGUGAGUCCUGAUUUUGAGGAAAACAGCCCACCGACAGAGAGUGCAGUGGCUCCACUGAAAGUGUCCCCAAAACCUGACACAAAUAGUCUGAGUUCCAGUCUCCCGUCAGAUUAUGGUCUUUCAUCUGAGAACUUACUUGUGCGAGGAGAACCAAGCACAAAGGAUGAAGUCAAACCACCAAAAAGCUUUGGAGCAAGAUCCAGUAACAGGCCAAGUUCAUCCAGCAGCAGCAGAAGUGUAAAUUUUUCACAGACUGACAGUGAAGAGGCUGAUUCCCAGAGCAGGAAUGCAACCUCAUUAAAAUCUGAAAUGAGAUCAGAAUUUAAAAUGCCACUUGAUAGUAAACAGUCCACAACUUUAGUACAACGAGCAGAUGACAUUAAAACAUGGGACGAAAGGGAGGGUGGUGACUCAGCAAAUUCCACUGCCGGGAACACAGGAGCUCCUUCUGCCACCGGAGCCAGCAGCGCGCAGGCCGGGAUGAAAAACAGAGACCAGGAAUGUGAAAACGCAGAGGACCAUAAACAACUGCAACAGGGUGACAAGGGCGCCUGCAAGUCAAAAACACAGGAGAUUACACUAAAAGCCGUGGAGAAAAAGAAAGCCUCUCUAAGUGUCUGCCUCACUCCUGAGGCAGAAAACAAGCCUGAGGCUUCCUCACCAGAAAUGUCUUUCAGAGAAAAGGACGACAGAGUGGAGACCAGUGUGGAUGAGAAAGCAGAGGGAGACGAAGGCAAUGGCAAUAAUAAAGUUAAGGCCCCCAUUCACAAAGUUAGAGAUGUCAGGCGGCUUGUGAAAAAUACAUAUAAUCUGUCUUUCAAGGCAACUAGUGCUGUAAUGCCAUCAGGUGUAAAUGAAAAGAGGAAGGAAAUAUUUAAUGAGGAAAGGAGGGAUGAAGUAAAAGAGGAAAGGAGGAAAGAGAUCAUAGCAGGGCAGGAGCGGGAAGUGAGGCAAGAAAUGAGGACGGAAAAGAAGAGAGAGGAAAGGGAAGAGGAGUACAGGGUGGAGAGGAAAGUAGAACAGAAAGAGGAGGUAAAAGAUUCAAAGCUGCUGACCUUCUCUCCACCUCCUCAAAGCAAAGGAAAGCCACUGUCUCGUCCACAGCCAAUGCAAAUAGAAUACAAGGCUGUUUGCUGGAAAGAGGACAAAAAUAAAACGUCAUGCAGCAAGAAAGAUUCAGAAAACCCAGGUGAUAAAUCGCAGGCUUCUCCAGAGCUUGUCACUGAGGUAAGCAGAGAAUCACAAAAGUCCUGGACUGCAAACACACAGAGUUACACAACAGGAAACACAGCCAUUUCCAAGCCGUGUCACCAUGAUCUAAAAAAGGCAGCAGAAAAACAAGAGGCUGCGGCAGAGAUGCAAAAAAUUCCAGACAAAGAGGGCGAAGCUGUGGUGGUUAGAACGAACAGAAAACCUCCCAUGCUCGGAAGCCUCCCCAAACUGCCCAGUAAGGAAAGAGAGGUGUCCACUGCUGUAGUGUUGAUAAGAGAUGGAUCCAGCAAGACCAAGGCAUCUGCUUCUCCAGCCCAGGAAGAGAUUCCUAGCCCAGUCCAAGUCCCAGGUGCUUCACUUUCACCUGGCCCCACUACCCCCGGCAGUACCCCUGGCAGCAGUGGCCACUCAGUUUCCAUGUUGUUGAAAGAGAAAGGCUACCAAGCAGAUAUUGGAGCAGUGGUGGGUGACGGUCAGAACGCGGCUGGAGGGAAAGGGGCUCCCCGUAAGCACGUGAACUGCCUGGAGAUCCCCCUUCAGACCACAAUGCCUUCAGAGGGUGGGCGAAUCGAGUCUCAUAGAGAGAGGACAUUCUCCUCAUCGUCCACCACAUCUGGCCCCUCAGCAGUGUCUGAGAACACAGGCAGCCUUACAAAGACCACAGAGGUUGACGGAGGUUGCAUUAAGCCUUCAAUAAAAGACACUGGAAUACAAAAAAGUGCUCCUCCACUAAGGAAUACACAAGAACAAACACCACCCCCCACCAAACAGAAGGAUCUAGGGGAUUUUGAAGCAGUGAAAAGAGUAGAUCCAACUUUCCCCCCAAGGUCCCCUGCAGUAAGGAGAUUCAGACCACAGCCAAUUGAGGUUAAAUCACUGUCUAAAGACUCACAGAAACAAGAGAAGCCUGCAAACUCCACAGGAACCAGCAGGCCUCAAACCAUUGAAGUUAAAUCUAUAGCUAAAAAUUCUCAAAAGCCAACUGUGCCUCCGAAACCAAGCUGCAAAUUUAAACCUGCAGAUUUAGCAACAAUGCCAAACGAAGCACAGAGACUGUCAGCAACAACAUCGACUGUAAAACCACAAGGUGAGGAGAGGUCUCAAACAAUUGUCGUGUCCUCGCCAACCAUCUAUAGAAAGAUCUCCAAUGAGUCCACAUCAACGUCAAACUAUACAAGAAAACUAGCUGUGUCUGCAGUGUCCAGCCUCAAACCUCCACCUAGCAAAACAACAGCAACCACCAUCUCCAAUCAAACAUCAAACCAGUCAACAGCGCCAUCAGACACGGAGGCAUCUAAUGACAGAGGGCAGCAGCAGCAACCAGCAGCCUCGCCUCAAAGCUCCAGGUACACACAAAGACCUACAACCUUAGCUCCAACAUCAGCCACUUGCACAGGUUCAACCUCAGCCCAAGGUCCAGUUCCUGAGCCAAUAGCAAACCAAGUCACUGGACCCCCCUCAGCUGCAGCCAACGAGCCAAGCCAGCCAGCUGUUAUGGAUCCAGAUAGCCAACCACAGUAUCCCAGGAUGGCAUACCCUCAUGAACAAGCUAUGACAGUAACUUCAAACAACACAAAACAACCCGCUGCUGUUCCCACAACACAAGUGCCAGGAUACACACACCAGCCAUGCCGCAGAUCACUGUCCAGUGAGCGCCGCCAAAGGACAGAUGACCUGUGUUUUUAUGCCUCAGAUGACCCUCCAAGCUACGAUGAAAGAGAGAGCUUCAGUCCCCUCAUGCUCCCAGAUCUGACCCCCAGGAGGUCAAAUCAUUAUCAGCCCGCCUCCCGCCCUCCUCCCUGCUCCUGCACAGCUGGCUGCCCUUCCCACCCUGGUCUCACACCUCCUCACCAUCACCGCAGCCCCCAUACCCUCACUCCCCCUGCCCCACCACACUCUCCAGGCCAGGCAUUACCUUAUCCGGUGGUUCAGCCCCCUCUUCGUCCCCACCAGUGCAGACCUGACCCUCAGCCGAUGAGCUACCAGCCCGGCUCUCCCAAAUCAAGUCCUCUUGGUCCAAGCCAGCCACCGGCAUUAUACCAACCUCUCCACCAGCCUCCUCCCUGCCCUCCCCACCCCUCACUCAUGCAGGCCUGCACUGCUGAGCGGCCAUUGCAGCCACCUCAGCAUAUUGACUCUCGACGACCCCCUGUACACAGAUCCCCCCAGCAGCAGCCACCAGGCAUGGCUGGGGCUCCUUACAGUGAUCCUGGUCACAGCCACUCUCCUGGCCUUCCUCCUAUGGAUCCCCAGUACUUGUGUGGCGCUCAAAGCCUGGGGCCUUCCUAUGGCUCUGAAUAUGGGGGUGACAGCUCCAGUUUGUACUCAGAGAGUAACUAUGGACAGACACCUCGCAGAGUGCUCCUAGAUCCUGAGACUGGGAAGUAUUUUUAUAUCGAGGUGCCUGUACAGCCACUGAGGAAAAUGUUGUUUGACCCAGAGACAGGCCAAUACGUGGAGGUGCUCAUCCCACAGCAAGCAAUGUCACAUUCAGGCCUGUAUCCUCCCUCAGCAGCCCCUUACCCAUCCCUCCACAACCCCAACAUGUACGCCCCAGCGCCGCAGUACAUGCCCUAUGCAGCUCCACCUCCCCCAGCCCACCCACAGGCUCAGCCCCAGCCACCCCGCUAUCCUGAGGCCUCUGCUGCAGCAACGAUGCACCCAAGUGGGCCUGGGGUCAGCUACAGGAAUCACUCUGGUCAGGGGUCCAAGCCAGAGCACCAGAACAAUCCACCGCUGGACCAGAGCUACCUGGAGAGUAUGUAUUAUGUCCCUACAGGGAUGAAUGCAAGCCCCAAUCCCACCCCACCAGACUAUUACCACAAACAUCCCCCCAACUUACCCCCAACAGGGGGGAAAAGGUCCUGAAAUAGAGGAUAGAGGCCGCCUUCCUGGAGCCUGUUGGGUUUUAAAUAAACAGUGUAUAAAGGGGGUGUCUAAUGUUAGCCUGUACUGUUAUUUGAGUUUUCACACUGCAACUGAAGACAGCGAUUCUUUGGUUGUUGUUUAUUUGCUGCUGUUUGUUCCAUGCUAGGCUGCUUUAAUAGAAAGAGAUGUAUGAUUCUUGAGUUUUUUUUGACAACACAAGAGAGUAAACCUUUUCCGUGAGGUGUUCUUAAGAUGACUGCCUAAUUUCAAAAUGAUCUAUUAAAACAUUUGUCAUUUUUGAUACAGGGUUAUAACAUCAUAUUGUAACUUCACCUGUAAUAAUGCACAGGCACUAUAAAUCAAUAGGUUUACUAAUUUACUGAUGUUUGUACUUUAAUAACAAAUAUCUCCAAAAAACUUGAAAAUACUGUUUUAAAAGAGCCUCAUAUUUAUUUUAUUAUUGUUUUUCUCUAAUACUGGAUGAGUGAGUUUGUGCACAUGAUCUAUGCAACAACAGUGCCAAUAAAAUGAUUCACAUAUCA